AUGAACCACCGAAACGUGACGGUCCAUAUCGCUGGAGCUCUGAAGGAUGUCUCUGAGGUGGUCGGCGUCUGCGAAGUCGUCGGCAAUGCGACUACGGGCAACAACAACAACGCCACCUUGGCAAGCGUGGUGUUCGAGCCGGCCUUCUGUGGUCUGUACGGCGCUGCGCCUUCCAUCGCGCCCGUGCUGAUUUUGCUGCUGGUCUGCUUCCUUCUACUAACGGUGUUCGGCAACGGGUGCCUGGUGGGAGUCAUCCUAACCACCAGCCACAUGAAAGAACCCGGAAACUACUACCUUGUAGCCAUGGCGCUGACCGACACGGCGCUCGCCCUGGCGUACAACCCCCUCGCCAUGUACAGCCUCGCGCACGGCAGCUAUCCGGCCGGACCCUGGUGCAGGCUACAGGCCUUCUUCAUCAUCUUCCUGUCCGUCCUGUCUCUCCACUCGCUCCUCUGCGUCUGGCUCUGCCGCUACGUCCAUAUCGCGUACCCGCUCAGCUACAAGAAAGUGCUAACGCGCCGGCGGAUGGUAUACGCCAUGUGUUUCUGUGUGGUGAUAGCAGCCGCCCCGGCUGCACUGGGAGUGUCCCCCGUCCAUGUCAUCACCGCUGGGGCUUCUGAGGAGGUCCUGAGAAGAUUUGAGCAGCCACAGACGCUCAUCACACCGUGUCUGGCCGGCCCUGAAGGCACCAUCCUCUCCGUGAGCGUCAAUCUCGUUGCCAUGGUAGCCAUCGUAUGUUUAGUCGCGCUCAUCUGUUGCGAGACGCAGAGAAGCCAGAGGAAACACGACCAGAAGCUUGCGUGGAGCGCUCAGGCGGAGGGCCGGGACACAAAGAUGCAGGCUGUCUACACGCUACUCAUCGUGGUGUUGGUCAACUGGAUCACCUGGGUACCAGCGUUUGUUGUCACCAUCCUACUAAAGUUUGGAGUGGUGUCUCUGGCCGCGGCCUCGCCGUGGAUAGACGUGGCCACCAUCGUCCUACAGAGCGCCACGUUCUCCGACUCUCUGGUGUACGCGUUUCGAUACCACAUCUACCGCCGGGCGCUCAAGAAAAUGUACAGGAAAAUUCAGAACAUUUUCACACAAGCACAAGCCUAG